AUGCAUUACAUCAUGCCACCUGCUGGAAUUCUACAAACUGAAAUGGAUGAGGAUGCUGUCAUUGAGAUUGAGAUUCAGCAGGAAUUGGAAGGAAUAAAUUUGGAUGAAAAUGAUGAACUGGACUUGGAUAAUAUCGAGCAUGAACAUAUUUAUGGCAGUGAUGAUGAUGAAGAUUUUUGUGGCCCUGUUAAAGAACCUGUGAAUACAAAUGAAGAGAUGUUUCCCAAAGAGAUGGAAGAAUAUUUGCAAAUGAUAAAGAAACAACGCUUAAACUUUGAGCAGACGCUUGAGGAAUGUGAUGCUAUUCUUACAAAUAGUCUGAAUGGCAUUCAAGGUCCAUGCUGUAGUCUGGUUCCAUAUGAUGACUGGAAAGAGAUUGAAGAAGCAGCUAAGCAAAGGGGGCUUAGUGUAGAUGAGUUCAAAUCAAAGCUUCUGGAGGAAAUUGAGAAUGACCAGUAUGAACUCGAGAUGCUUGAUAUUAGUGAUGAUGAAGACUUCAAACAAGGGCAGGAAGACAGGCAUGAGGAUGAGGCGUCUUUUGGAAGAGGGUUACCAGCAGCUGAGAGAAAUGAUAUUAUUGAGAGAAUCGAAGAUCAAGAAUUUGAGGAAUCUGAGACUAACCCUGGAUUGAAGGAUGUGUCUGGAGCUGUGGUCUUGGCACACUCAAAUGUGCUUUUACAGUUUGGUCACUUUCUCAGGGAGCAAAUGGAACUUGUUGAAGAGACUUACAAAGAGAGAGCACUACGCUUGAAGAAGGAGCUAGAAACCAAGCGAGCAGCAGAAGAACACCUGUUGCUAGUACUAGAGGAGCAGCAUGAGAAGAUCCUACAGGAAAUGGAGAAGGAAAAGCAGGCCCUUGCUGUUCGUAAAGAGGAGAUGGAGAAGAAUCUUGAAAAAGAAAAAGAGCAGAGACAAAAAAUCUUGGAACAAGAUCUUAAACAAGUUCAGGCAGAAAUUUCUCACUUGACUAAUCAGAUAAGCACAGAACGCCACCAGCUGGAGAUAUUAAGAAAAGAAGAAGAAGAACGAUACAAACAGGAGAGCACCAAGGCUGCUGUUACACUUCAGCGUUGGUACCGGGGAUACAGAACAAGAAAGCAACAUGAGACAAUCUGCCAGAAACUUACAGAACAAAAGGAGAAACGAAGAGCAGAGAUGGAAAAAAGACGGAUAGAAGAGGUUGAGAAACAAAUACAGAAACAGAAGCAAGAGAAGAUAAGAAUCGAAGAAGAAGAGAAAUUGAAGAGAGAAGAAGAAAGAAAACUGAGAGAGAAAGAAAAAGUAUGUGAGUACAAGCAGAGAGAAGAGGAAGAACAGAGGAAAAAAGAAGAGGCGAAGUUGAAAGAAGAAGGAAAGAAGGCAGUGGAAGAAGAGGCAAUAAGACUGAUGGACGACAAAGAGAAAAAAGAGAAGGGAUGCAGGGAGAAUGAUGAGUCUUCAGAAAAGGAAAAUGUUGAAAAGUUCAACCUUCUUGCUGAGCAGAUUGAGUCUUGUCGUCUUAAGUGGAUGAAAAUCUGCUUGCCAUGGAGUAAGGUCAGUAAUGAGCCUUGGAAACAAAAGUUAAAUGUCAGGAGAAAAAAGGUACCUCGAAGACCUUCUUCUUCCAAGAAACUGCCUCCAUUGCUAGAGAAUACUAUUCUUGCAGCCGGGAAAGUACCCUCCCUUCGACAGGUGACAGCUCUUGAAUUAUGUGAUCUUCCAGGCCAUUCUUUGUCCACACUAGAAGGAUGUUUAAACUUAAAACACUUAAAGUUAACCAGAUGUGGCAUUAUCUCUCUAGAGCAUCUGUCACAGUGUCAGCAGCUGCAGUGCAUUGAUGUACAGGAAAACCUCAUAGAAUUUGUGGAUCUGAAGGAUCUGAACAACCUGUACAUGCUGAACCUUUCCCACAACAAGCUGACUAGCAUUCAUGGUCUAGACAGCUGCACAAGACUCUGCUGGCUGAACCUUGCUCAUAACAAACUGACUCAGCUAGAUGGACUGUCUCCUCUUCGGCAUCUGCAUACACUACUGGUGUCCAACAAUCAGUUAGUGAGUACUGAGGGACUUGACCUCUGCCCAACAAUACAGCAUUUAGAUCUCUCAGGCAACUACCUCACUGCUAUCAAAGGAGUAGAGAAACUUGGACUCCUGUUGGAGUUGGAUGCCUCAUCUAAUAAUCUUUCAGAGAUGCCAGAUCUGCAGAAUCAAGUGCUCCUCCAAAGACUGAUAUUGAGGGAAAACAGCAUUGGACCUCACGUGGACUUGUCAGCCAUAUGGCUUCCUCUUCUAACUCACCUUGACCUCAGUCAGAAUGUCAUUGAAGAGCUGAAGGGGCCUUCUUAUGGACUUUUCACUCUGAAAUUCUUGGACCUUGCUGUGAAUCAAAUUGUUGACUCAUCACAGGUUCUUCCAGCUCUCUCCGCUUGUUUUCAGCUGGAAGACUUAAAUUUGCAAGGAAAUGUUGCUAUGGAUGAGGAAAAUAUAAGCACAAAAGCAAAAAGUGAGUUGCCAUUGCUGAGAUGUUUGAAUAGUGAAACUGUAAGGACCCUUUCUGGUGUAUCACUGCUUGUACAUAAAGCGACCUCUUUUGAGAUCACAUGCCUUCAGCAAACCCUUCUCCACAAGGAUCUCAAACAGACUAGGGACAGGGAUAGCAGAAUUUGGACGAGUGAGGGAACUUUCCACAUGUGUGAUGCCUAUUUCAACUUCUGUGAUAAGUCCUUUAAGAUAGCUGUGGAGCAUCGGUAUACCCAUGAGUAUGGAGAACUGGCGUCGGUCAAUAUUCCUUUUGCUCCACAGACACCCAGGUCAUCCAGCUCCACAUCAAUGGAGCUGUCAAAGGUACAGCAGCCAGAAAAUAUGGAUCUUGGUGCUGCAGAAAUCUCCCUUUCUUCUCCAGAGAACAAAAAUUCUAAAACUCUGGUGCAAAGGUCUCAAGAGAAACUGGCAGCUACUGUUCAUCAAAGCCAGGGAAAUCUUAAAAUGACAGGUUUGAAUACCACAGCAAUUUCCCCUCGGAAACCAUCUUCAGUUUCUGUCACAGCUAAAGAGAAGUUUGAGAUGGCCUUGCGUGGGAAGAAUGAUUCAAGUCCAAGCACAGCUGAAUGUUCUUUGGACACCAGCCAGCAUUGCCAGUCACCUCCCCUGGUAGUAAGCCAUAGGAGCCAGGAGCAUGCUACUUUCUCAUCUGAUAAAAAUUCUAGUCCCAAGAUAACUCUUCCAGCCUUGAACCUAUCUGGUGAAGCCAGAAACACUUCCCUUGAAACCAGAUAUUAUUCUUCACAGCUGUCCAGCAUAAAGCAGUCACCCCUGAUUGAGAAAGAAAAAUAUGCAGACACCAUGCACCAUACAGACAUAACGAGAAGUGAAGCCAGAGACUUGGAUCAAAAGCCACUCCUCCAUGAUAAAGAUAUCCGAGGAGUUGGUGGACAGUUGGAUGCAUCUGACCUUUUGCUUCAUGAGACAUCCAACAGACAAUGGAAGCUGGCCUCAAGCAACAUCACCGCGGAUACUGUUGGAGUUCUAAUGAAAUCUUCAGGUGAUGACAACUUUGAGAAUUUGGACGAUCUGAUGGAUGGACUUCAGUUUGAUAUUGAUGGGUUUCUUGAUCUUGAACAGUUUUCUGUUGAUGAAGAUCUUUUGGAGAAAGGAUGGAGGCCAGAGGAAAGUCCCCAGAUUCCAUCCAGCUAUCCUGUCCUAGCCCAAAUCCCACCAGGGUCUGCCAGUGGAAAGCCGCCCUUACCACCAGUGCCUUACCUGCAUCUGGCCCCUGGCUCUGACACUGCAUUAGCACAACCUCCCGGUCUACCAAGCCAGGCCUGGUACCGCACUGAGACUCCUGUGAGUGACCUCCAGGCCAGGCAGAUACCACGACCACCAUCAACAGUGAUGAGCUGCGAGGAUUCUCAGGCUGCCCCAACUGGACGAUCUCGUCGUGAGGAGAAAUUAGCUGAAGAGUGGGGGUUUAAAGACAGCCGAACAGCAGAACUGAUGCUGCAGAGGGCCAAGAAGAUGAAAUACAAUGCAGAAAGAAGAAAAAGAAUCAGUAAACUGGAUCCACAUCAGAGGCUGAAAUUAUUCCACAAGUUAAAAGAAAUUUCAAAUGUCCAUUCUGUGCGACCUCCACCUGCACAUGUCUUACCUCGCAAGGAAUAUUUUCAGGCACAAAAAGAAGAAGCCCAGCAGAGAGAAUUGGAAAAGCAGGCAGAGGUUCAGACGAAAAAAGGUCGCACGUAUGAGUGGCUGCAUACACAGGUGGGAGAUUUUGACGUUUCCAGCUCUCGCAUCAACCCCGGAUCACAUGCAGGGGAACAUGUAAUGACACUAACCUCAUCUGAUUCAGAUUUGUCACGUCAGCAACCUCGAUACCAGCGAAGCCCAGAUUUAACAGAGUUUGAUUCGGCCAGUAACAUUGGCAGAUUUCAGCUGUAUCAGCAGGCCCAUCGACACAGCAUUAGUGGAGAUUCAUCGUCAUUGUCAAGUACCAGUCAGACGACAGUGCUGCCCCCUAUCAAGGUCGGCUCCGAUCCCAAUAAAAAUAAUCGAGAAAAAAUCUCAUGGCGCACAGAACCAGUGAACAAGAGCAUUGGUUGGGGUGGUGGCAAAAAGCGAACAACAAAUAACUAACUUGAUUUUGCCAUAAUUUUGUGUGCUCGUGGCUAGAAAUAAGAUUAGAAAAUGUUUGCCACCGAUACAUCAGAUUAGAAUCGUGUCUGCACUGUAGCAAUAGAUGAAACAUUCCAUCUUAAAAACGAAUAAAAUAUACUCAGUAACCCAUAGCGAACUGACAGUAUUUUAUCUGUUACUUCACAGAUCUUUGCAUGAUGCAUGUAAACAAAGUGUGUUGCAGAAAUCACAUGUACUGUGCCUGAGAAAGAUAGUGUUGGUGGAAUGAAAAAGAAACACGAUAUAGUGCUUUUAUCACUAUUCGUUAGUGCAUGUUUAUGUUUUAACAUGCAUGUCCUUUUAUGUGACAUUUGGAGUUCCUGCCUCUCUUGUUUGCCAAUUCAAAUUUUUUGAAAAUCAAAUUAAGAUCUGCUUUGGUGCUAAUGAUGGGCUAGUCAUGAGGAUAAAGUCAUAUAGAAAAUGCUGCACUGGCCAUCACACAAAGCUCCAAAAAGAGUGUUUUCAGUUUGUUGCAGAAUCAAAUCAAGUAAAAUGUAAACAUUUUGUCUGUUGUUUGGAAGUCUAUGAUGUAAAACAAAACUCUGCAAUGCUGUAUUUCCUUUGUACAUUUUCUGUCAUCAUAAGUAAGCCUCUGAUCUUCUGAGUACAAAUGGCUCAGGUGCGCAGGAACAUUAGUAUUAUCCAUAAAUGUCUUGAUUAAAAUUCAUGUGUUGGUUAAAGUGUCACAGUAUAUUUAUAUACACAAAGAGAAAUAGCAAAAUAAAUGCAGGCACAACGUUUGUCCCUUGAGUCAGAUGCUGUUAUUGAAAAUGUCUUGUGUGAUGAUAAAAAUAAAAGUUUCUUAUAGUAA